GUCGCCGAGUUCGUACACGCGCAACACAGUCAGUAUUAACUUGAAUGCGAUACGGUGUGAACGUGAACGUGACUUGAUCGCAUCGACGUAUCGACCGAUAAGCGGCUAAGAAAAGCAAAACAAAUUUUCUAUACGAAACUUGAAGCGGGUAAAUUGAACUUGGUGUUUAGUUGAAAUUCUACUUGGAAAGCCAAAUGGCAACAACAAAAGGCUCUGCUUAAGGAGCAUCAUUAGCAAAGAAAAAUGUUUUACCAUACACAGAUGUCAGCAAUCAAGUGGUUCUAUCUAAUAUCGCUGAUGCUGCUAUUUUGCUGGAGUAGUUUGAUCGAAUGCAAAAGGCAGCAAGCGCACGCCAACGAUGCCGAUCACGAGCUUAGGAGUUUAGAAGAUGAGGGCGGUGGUGGAGGUGCCGGAAAUCUGGGGAAUGGACACCAUCAGGGGCAUCGCAAAAAGCAUCGUCAGCAUGACAAUAAGCUGUCAUUGUGGAUCAAUGAACAGCAGUUGAAUAUGCUAAGUGCACUUUUCUUUCCACAAGGAUUCGGUUCGCAUGGUCGCAUCUAUGCCAUUGAAAAUGGUCACGUGUUUAAUUUACCUGAAAUCAAUAUCUAUAAAUUCUUGAUUAUACCCGCCGAAGUGAACUAUGUGAAUUUCACGUGGAAAUCGGGCAGCAGAAAAUAUUUUUAUCACUUCGAUCGUUUAAUUUCCCUGGAUCAUAAUGUUUUGAAGGAUCCCAAGCUUUCGAUUGCGAAAAAAGGACGCAUACCGGCUGAAGAAAAAGAUUUCAGUAUUUUCAUGCCGUGCGUUCACAAUAAUUCAGGGACGGCUAUGUUCACAAUCGGUUUGUCCAUACACAAUCGUCGAGAGAAGCUGUUGCCUGGCACGCCGAUACGUUUGAAUUUCAAAAAGGAAUGCGCACACAGAGGUAACGCUUCCAUCUCUACACUAACAUCUUCGCAAGGUCCGGACCCGGAGUGUAAUUUGAAAUGUGGUGAUAAUGGUUUUUGUAAUCAUAAUAAAAUUUGCCAAUGCAAAGCAGGCUAUACGGGUCAAUAUUGUCAAACGGCCUUUUGUUUUACACAAUGUUUAAAUGGCGGUAAUUGCACAGCACCAUCGGUCUGCACCUGUCCCGACGGCUAUCAGGGUACAUACUGCGAAGGAGGCAUCUGCUCUGAAAAAUGCUUGAAUGGUGGCAAAUGCAUACAGAAGGAUAAAUGCCAAUGUUCAAAAGGUUACUAUGGACUGCACUGCGAAUUUUCUAAAUGUGUAAUUCCUUGUAAAAAUGGCGGUCGUUGCAUAGGCACCAAUAUUUGUCGUUGUCCAAGCGGAUUGCUGGGCAACCAUUGCGAGAUCGAGCGCAUACAACGCUCAACCUGUAGGCGUCCUUGCAAGCACGGUGUCUGUACGGCGAAUAAAACAUGUAAAUGUGAUCGCGGCUUUUAUGGUCGACAUUGUAAUGCAAGAAUUAAAAAACAUCGUAAAAUCAAUAGAUAGGCAUAUUUUAUAUUUUGGACAGAUCUCUCUGCUUUAAACUUUACUACUUCGGUUUUAAUGGAAAUAAUAGAUUUGUAAAAAGUUUGCUGUUUAUUUUUAAUAUGACUAUCGCUAAUCGACCUACAUAUAUACAUACAUACAUACAUAAAUAUAAACUUUUAUCUUCAAAUGUUUUGUGUAAAAAGUAUAAUUAAAACUACUAUAUUAUUCGUCUGCCCAGUAAUGGCACGUUAGAAUCAUUUAUUUCUAGAAACGUUGUGAUAAACCAUUUUUGUUUAAUGUAACAAAAUUUUACUUCAAGGAAGUCUGAAAAUGUCUAAUUUAUAAUUGGAAGUAAGCAUUUUUAUAAAAAUAAAAUAAAAUAUGAAUUUAAA